AAAAUAGGUAGAAAAAGGUUAAUCGAUCAAUUUACGGUCACGUGCAAAUUUAAACACAAAUUUAAACACUAAUUACUACGGAGAAGAAUGGAAUUCAGUGAGGUGAGGUGAAUUUGGGGCGGAAGCACAUACGAAUUCUUCAUUUCGGCAAUUGAUUUUCGUCCAAAAAAGGAAAGCCAAAGGCAUAUCUCGCCCUCUCUCAGGCUAAGAGUGUCGAGCUGGGGGGCUAGUGCAGUUGGACAACAAUCUCUCCCGUUUUAAUGGAAGAGGGGGUCACAUGGAUUCACUCUAUCCUCUACCUCAUACUCGUGUGCUCAGCCUUACACCUACUCGACACACUUCUUGUCUCCCCAAAACUCAGCAUAAACCAUCAAAAUGCGAGAUUCAAGAAAGCGGCACCAACCCCUCUGCGUUUUCGUGCUGACGGCACUUUCAAAAUCCUCCAAGUGGCGGAUAUGCAUUUUGGGAAUGGGAAGUUGACUCCAUGUCGGGAUGUGUUGGACAGUGAUUAUGCUGGCUGUUCUGACCUUAACACAACCAGGUUUCUUGAGAGGAUGAUUCAGUUGGAAAAACCUGAUUUUGUUGUUUUUACUGGAGACAACAUAUUCGGGUCGACUGCUAAUGAUGCUGCUGAAUCCAUGUUGCAAGCUUUUGGCCCAGUUAUGAAAUCAGGAAUCCCUUGGGCAGCUGUUUUAGGGAACCAUGACCAAGAAUCUACGAUGACUCGUGAAGAACUAAUGUCGUUCUUAUCCCUCAUGGAUUAUUCUCUAUCACAAACGUUUCCAUCAGUUGAAUAUAGUGACCAUUCCGACAAAGUGGUUCCAGUUCCAAACAUUGAUGGCUUUGGAAACUAUGAUCUCAGAAUAUGGGGUGCUCCAGGUUCCAAUUUUGCAAAUAGUACUGUCCUCAAUCUUUAUUUUCUUGACAGCGGGGACAGAGCCGUUGUGAAUGGGGUUCGAACUUAUGAUUGGAUCAAAGAAUCUCAGCUUAAUUGGCUCCGUAACGUUUCACAGAAACUUGAGGAAAGGAAGCUGGAUAGUGACGAAUCUUCAUCUGGAACAUCUCAAUAUUUAGCUGCCAUUCCAUCAUUAGCAUUUUUCCACAUCCCGAUUCCUGAAAUGAGACAAGGUCCUAUUUACAAUAUGGUUGGUCAUUAUCGAGAGUACACAGCAUGCUCCCUUGUAAACUCUGGUGUGCUCAAGACGCUCGUAUCCGUUGGAGACGUGAAGGCCGUGUUCAUAGGCCAUGAUCACACGAACGACUUCUGUGGGACUCUAGGAGGCAUAUGGUUUUGCUAUGGGGGAGGGUUCGGAUAUCACGGUUAUGGGGUCGCUGGGUGGGCGAGACGAGGCAGAGUGAUCCUGGCUGAACUCGAGAAGGGGGAGCAGUCCUGGGGCGGAGUGAAGGUGAUCAAGACGUGGAAACGGAUUGACGAUGAGGCGCUGAGCAAGAUUGACGAGCAAGUUCUUUGGGAGAGAUAAUGAUGAUGAUGUCAUUCUCAAUUCAAACUUGAUGUAAAAUGUUUUGGCAUUGUUAGAAUCAUAGUCUGGAAUCUUGAUUUGUAAGCUUUAAUUGAGGAUUGUUGAAUCCUAAUAUAUUGGAUUUAAUUAGAGAAUA